AUGCAGGCCUUACGAUCAGCACCGAGAGCGGCUUCUCAAUUCCGGUCAAUGGGUUUACCCAGACUCGUGAGGGGAUAUUCGACGGAGAGGUCAUUCGAGCAUUUGCUUGUAUCGGUGGCUAGGCCUGGUGUUGGUUUGAUCCAGAUCAACCGCCCCAAAGCCCUAAACGCCCUCUGCACCCCCCUCAUCCUCGAGCUCAACCAAGCCCUACGCGACUUCCAAGCCGCAAAGUCCAUCGGCGCCAUCGUCCUGACCGGAUCCGAAAAAGCCUUUGCAGCAGGUGCCGACAUCAAGGAAAUGAAGGACCUCACCUUCAGCGACGCAUACGGCAAAGAUUUUAUAGAAUCCUGGUCCGACCUCGUCACCUUCCUCAAAAAGCCCUUGAUUACAGCCGUUAACGGCUAUGCACUGGGCGGAGGCUGUGAGCUCGCCAUGAUGGGCGAUAUCAUGUACGCCGGACCCAAAGCCACGUUCGGACAACCUGAGAUCAAACUAGGCGUCAUACCAGGCGCAGGUGGCUCGCAGCGUCUGACCAAGGCGAUUGGAAAGUCAAGAGCUAUGGAAAUCAUUCUCACUGGCGACAAUAUUAGCGCGCAGCAGGCUAGCGAGUGGGGUCUUGUUAGCAAGGUGUAUGAGACGGCUGAGGAGUGUGUUAGUGGUGCUAUUGCAACGGCUGAGAAGAUUGCGGGGUAUAGUCAGAUUGCUGUCAAGGCGGCCAAGGAGGUUGUGAACAAGAGCCAGGAGCUUGGUAUUAGGGAAGGUGUCGAGUAUGAGAGGAGGGUUUUCCAUGGCCUGUUUGGCAGCGAGGAUCAGAAGAUUGGUAUGGCUGCUUUUGCGGCCAAGGAGAAGGCGAAGUGGACGAAUAAAUAG